UUAAAUAAACUGUGCUUGUGUGCGACAAAGCCGACGAGCUGUGUUCCGUUCUAGUGUUGAAAAAGUUAUAUUUUCCUCGGUCAAAUGGAUGAAAUAAUGAAAUUCAAAGCAUGGGCCACGAAGCUGGGUUGCCCACCAGAAAGAAUACCUCCCGAUGAUACGCUUAAGAAAUCGUUCCGUGGCGAGCAAAGCACAAUGUUUCAGCACAUAAUGGAAAAGGUGCGCUCGCGACAGGAGAUUGAAGCAAUGCGAAAGAAUGUGCUUGUUCACAAGCUGAAAAUUCACAAGAAAACUGACAGCAUCGUUGCGAAUGCAUCCUUUAACAUGCUGCCCGUUGAACUACAGCGCUACUUGAAGAUCCAGAAGCUGAAGAAGAAAAUCGAUGAAACACAGCAGCGGAUUAAACAAUCCAUCGCCGGCUUCGAAUCAACCAACUUGCAGAUCAAGGAGAAAAAUGUCCAGAAACUGCAGCUUAUGCACAAGCUGGAAGAAUUGCAUGGCAAAAACGCGCUGUACGUGUCGCACGAAGCAACACUGAAAUCCAACAUCGAAAAAGAAGCACAACUGAUACAGCGCAUCGAACGCAUAAUGCCCAUUAAAGGAUCCGAGUCGUGUCGCCCCGAUACGGCACGGAAAGCCAUCGACCGGUGCAUCCAGUUGCUGGAGACGUUUUAUGGCACUUUCCAAGAGCAAAACCAGGAAUCGGGCCGUGCGUUGCAGGAACGGCUAUGGGCGGAUCUUCGCGAUGCUCUGCGCGGUGUCCCGAACCAUCUCCUCUGGAACACACUGCUCACGAUGAAGGACAAACAUCUGCGCGAAAUCUCCGAACACGAGAACCGGCGGGACGAGAGCGAACCCAACGUGACGCUGUCCGAUCUGGAUCUGCUGCAGGCCAGCAUGGCCAAACUGUGCUCAAGCCACAUCAACGUCUUUCUGGAUGUCGUAUCCAACCGCAACAAGGUGAAUGCAGCCCGGGAAGAGUAUCUCGCCAAGUACACACCGAGCUCGAACGAGCUAGAAGCCAAAAUGGCACUCCUAAACGUGAUGGAUGACGAAGCGGAAGAAGCGCUGGAAGAGUAUCUGGUGCAGUGGAAUUCGCGCGAAUACAACCAGGGCCAGAUAGACUAUAUGGUGCGUGAGAUCGAGCGCAAAAAGCAAGAACUGCUCAGCUACACGCAAAAGGUGCAAAACCACGAGCAACUGCUCGGCCAGCUGAGAGGCAUUUAUGGGCAGAUCGAGGAAAUAUCCAAGCAUAUGGAGUCUGAGCUACAGCAGGUGCGUCAAAUCAAGCAGAAGGUACACUACACGAAGUAUGUGUGCCAACACACGGUCCACACCAUGCGCCAGAAGAAUGGAAACAAUCAAACGCUAAACAUGAGCGAUCAGUCGUUUAGUCGGCUUGAUAGCACGGUGCUUGCUGGAGCAGCUGGAGGUGGUGGUCCCGUUUACAACCCGGCCGUACUACCGUCCUACGUCCGGGAGCUGGAAGUUUUCCGUCAGAUCCCACUCUGGAAAUACGUUUGCCGGUCGAGAGCAACACUGCUAAGCGUGGAACCGAAUCCAGCCAUUUUCUUCGAGUCUCCAACCGUUCUGUCCCUGCUGCCCUGUACCGGCGUGAGUGCGGAAGUAUCACUGAAACAGUUUGCCGAAAUUCUACAGCUUGAGCAGCACACCAAUGCUUCCACGACGGAUACGUGCAGCGUCGUGAUGCCUUCGAUCGACCACGAACAGUUAGAACAGCGGUGGAAGAAUAAUCAUGGAAAGAUAUGCGAACUGUUGGAUAAGAUCGAAACGCUCGCGAACAGCUCCCGGCAGACGAUGGAAAAGGUACGGUUGUAUUACAACUUUUCGCUUGCGAAUAAUAUGCGCAAAUAUGUCCCCAGUACGAAGCUUUUUAACGGCCGUAGCUUCCGUGAGUACGAGAACGAGUAUCUCAUGUACUACCGGAUGAUUUACGGCUUCGGUGGAAACUAAUGUUAAGGUGAGCCAGCCCAAUCGUUGCUCGCUUUCCAAUUGCUUUGUGUGAAUAAAUUUGCACCUUCAUUUUUUUUUAUCUUAACUAUUCUACUAAA